AUGUCACCUUCUGCAUGCGACCGUGUCAUCGCCGUGCCAGAGCUGUGCAAGCUCAUACUACUCGCACUACCACCAAAAGACCUUCUCCUAUCGCAACGCAUCAACAAGACUAUCCGGACAAUCAUCACCGAGACUCCAUCCCUCCAGCGCCGCCUCUUUUUCGCCACUCAACCACAAUCAGCCGAGCUGGACAACGAGCUGCCCAAGAACCGAGACGAGGUCAACGAGCUUGCACUCGACACAAGCAGCUGGCUCUUUCCUGAGCUGUCAGAGUUCUAUGCCUGGAGCUCUCACAUCACACACAGCAUCACAAAUUACGAUAGACUCCACGCCGAGGUACGAAUCAUCCAUGUAGGCGAGGACACUCUGUCGAACAUCCUCGCAAACAGCAAAUGUUCCUACAUGGACAUGUUCCUCCAAGCACGCGCUCUUCCGACUGAAGUCACGAUCGACAGUACGAAUGAGCACCUCAGACGCAUCCACUGGGGCCAGGCAUCGAUUAACAUCAAGUCCAGCACAUUGCGCGAGGUGUUCGAGAUGGCGAAGAGCCUGGAGAGGGCAGCGCGGAGGAAGGAGGAGGAUGUCAGAUACGAGUUGGAGUGGGAGUGGGAUGAGGCGAGUAUGCUGGCUUACGAUUACGAGCGGCCUGAGUUCAACUUCAAUUGGAAGAAGUUCUUCAACCAGGAUCAAAUUGACAAGGUGAUGGAGAAGCCGGACUUCAUAGUUGGCUGA